UCGCGCGUGGUUGGAUGAAAGUGCUGACGCCCCCCAAGUUGAAAGGUUACUUUCAUUGGAACGCGCAGCUUCAAGGCUGGCAGCCAUGGCGGCGUACAGAGUCACUCCAGUUUUGCCCAGAGUUUUGCAUGCAUUCAAGCAUGUCUCGUUUAGGUCAAGACUCUGGGCCACAGCCUCUCAUGCUCAAUACUCAACUGUGUAUGACUCCAACGAAAAGACGUUUGACAAAAUCCUCAUCGCCAACAGAGGAGAAAUCGCGUGUCGGGUGAUGAAAACGUGUAAGAAGAUGGGCAUCAAAACCGUGGCAGUGCACAGCGACGUGGACUCCAGUGCUGUGCACGUGAAAAUGGCGGACGAGGCGGUGUGCGUUGGCCCGGCUCCCACCAGUAAGAGCUACCUCAACAUGGCGGCCAUCCUGGAGGCGGUGAGACGGACGGGAGCGCAAGCUGUACACCCAGGCUAUGGGUUCCUGUCUGAGAAUAAAGAAUUUGCGAAGCGGCUGGCCGCGGAGGGCGUCGCCUUCAUCGGACCCGACACGCACGCCAUCCAAGCCAUGGGGGACAAGAUCGAGAGCAAGCUAAUCGCCAAGCAGGCCAAGGUCAACACCAUCCCCGGCUUCGACGGGGUGGUCAAGGACGUGGACGAAGCGGUCAGGAUCGCGGGGGAGAUCGGCUACCCUGUAAUGAUCAAGGCCUCUGCGGGGGGCGGGGGCAAAGGCAUGAGGAUCGCCUGGAACGACGAGGAAACCAGGGAAGGAUUCCGGUUCUCCUCCCAAGAAGCGGCCUCCAGCUUCGGAGACGACCGUCUGCUCAUCGAGAAGUUCAUCGAUAAUCCGCGCCACAUUGAGAUACAGGUGCUGGCGGAUAAGCACGGUAACGCUCUGUGGCUGAAUGAGAGGGAGUGCUCCAUACAGAGGAGGAACCAGAAAGUGGUGGAGGAGGCGCCCAGCACGUUCCUGGACCCUGAGACGCGGCGGGCGAUGGGGGAGCAGGCGGUCGCUCUGGCCCGGGCAGUGCAGUACUCCUCCGCUGGCACCGUGGAGUUCCUGGUCGACACCCAGAAGAACUUCUACUUCCUGGAGAUGAACACCCGUCUGCAGGUGGAGCACCCCAUCACCGAGUGCAUCACCGGGCUGGAUUUAGUGCAGCAGAUGAUCCGCGUUGCCAAGGGCUACGCACUCCAGCACACGCAGGCCGACAUCCCCAUCAACGGCUGGGCCAUCGAGAGCAGAGUUUACGCAGAGGACCCCUACAAAUCCUUUGGCCUGCCUUCCAUCGGGCGCCUGUCCCAGUACCAGGAGCCCUCCAAUCUCACCGGCGUUCGAGUGGACAGUGGCAUUCAAGAAGGAAGUGACAUCAGUAUCUACUAUGACCCAAUGAUCUCCAAACUGGUUUCCUACGGCUCCACACGCGCAGAAGCUCUGGAGCGGAUGGAGGCGGCUCUGGACUGUUACGUUAUUCGCGGUGUAACUCAUAAUAUUCCCCUGCUCCGGGAGAUCCUUGUCCACCCGCGUUUCGUCUCCGGUGACAUCAGCACAAAGUUCCUCCCGGAGGUCUACCCCGAGGGCUUCAAAGGGCACCAGCUGUCAGACUCUGAGCGGGAGGAGCUGCUGGCCACCGCGGCCUCGCUGUUCGUAGCGACGCGGCUCCGCUCCCAGAGGUUUCUGGGUAACCUGAGGGUCUCCAGUGCCCCCCAGGAGCAGCAGAAGUGGGAGCUGUCUGUGGAGCUGGAGAAGGGGUCCCACACUGUUACAGUCUCCCGCAAGGGAUCAACCUACACAGUGCAGCUUGAUGGGAAGAGCGUGGACGUGUCCAGCGACUGGAACCUGGCGUCUGCUGUACUGCCCGUCACCGUCAACGGCACCCAGAGGACCGUGCAGUGCCUUUCCCGAAAUGCCGGUGGGGAGCUCAACCUGCAGUAUCUGGGGACACCGUUCAGACAGCGUGUUAAAUCGUGCUGGAUGGCCUCGCUGAGCAGACACAUGCCGGAGAAGGUUCCGGAGGACAGCAGCAGCAUCCUGCGCUCCCCCAUGCCCGGCUCGGUGGUGGCCGUGUCCGUCAAGCCCGGAGACACGGUGGCUGAGGGACAGGAGAUCUGCGUUAUCGAAGCCAUGAAGAUGCAGAACAGCAUGACCGCCGCCAGGGCGGCCAAGGUGAAAAGCGUGCACUGUAAACCUGGAGAGACCGUGGGGGAAGGAGAUCUGCUGGUGGAGCUGGAGUAGCUCCUCCUGUCCCUUUCUGAUCGUUUGACUACAGUGUUUCUGUCCAUCAGGAUAAAUAACAGGACUUUGAUAGAUUAGUUGAAACAUUCCUCCUUGAGUUUUUAAGUAGUGCGGCGUUCUGUGGGAUUCACUGAAGGACAUACUGUAUGCCUUUACCCUUCCAAGAAGGUCAUCGAAUGUACAAAGGUACAUUUACUAUGCAUAAAAAUAUCCAUUGCAUUAUUUAUCGAUAUAAUUUAGCUGUGAGCAUUUUGUAUAUUGAAAUUCAGCAUUUGUGUGUUAACCACACACUUCUCCAUCAAAUGUAGCUUUGCCCUGAAUUGCAUUUUCCCAACCAUCUCAGCAGAUGCUGGUUAUGAUUAUUUUCCCUGAAAUAUAACUGACGUCAGUAGAAGCAUGAUGGCCCACACAAAUUCAUUUGUGGAUGUAUACAGUACGGUCUCAAACUGUGUGAGAUGUAUUUAUGAAAUGUGGAAGAUCUGAAGUCCAACACUACUGUAAUCCUGGCAAGGAAAUAUGUUCAGCCUUAUUUUUUUAAAAGAGGUGUCAGACAAGGUGGAAGAUUACUGAUUAGUGUGAUUGUAGAGGUUUUCAUUUCUUUCACUUCACUUUGUAAUAAACCAAUCGUAGAAUUUUUUUAACAUGGUGCAAAGCCAAAAUAAACAAACAUGAAUCCCA